AAACUUGUUAGUCCACCUGACUGAAUACAACGGUCACCCUUCUGGUUAAUUCAAAACACCUCGAGAUCCUUAGCCCAGGGUUUCUCUCUGCUUAGACCCUUCUAAAUUUCCAAUUUUGGGGCGGUCCAAGCAUCGAACUCUCAAAACCACGCGUCGGGCUUAUAUUGUUCUCCCAUUUUGUCUGAGGUUCAAGCAGCGCGGGACAUUUGGUUAGCGGGGCUUCAAACACGCGUCUUUCGCCUAUUUAUUGUCAUAGUUUCGUUGCAAAACUCUCGACCUUCUUCACCCAUCCACCCCCACAGUACUUCCUGAACCACCAGUUCGCCGCUCUUUUUGCGCCCUUUUUAUCUUCAUGAUGGAUUCCACAAAUAACGUUCUCAACGCGCCAAAUGGACAGAAUGGAGUACAGAAUCCUGACGUGAACGAAGCUGAGACGCAACAAUCGGAGGAAACUCAGGCAACACAAGCUAUGGAUGAGUCGCAGCCGCAGAGUCAGGAAGAGAAGGAGGUUCACCUAUUUGGUUCUCUUCACCCGUGUAAUCCGGCCCAAAGUCGACUGGAUCUUUGGAGAACGAAGCCAAAGAUUACUAUAGGGCGAAGAGCAGACAACGAUAUUGUGUUGGCGGGGGGUAAAGUUAGCAAUAUACAUGCAGAAAUUGUAUGGGAUGGCAAGACAGACACGUCUUCUUGUGUGAUGAUCCGGGAUAUGAACUCGACUAAUGGGACUUACAUCAAUGGACACAAAUUGGAGAGAGGCACCUAUCGAAUCAUGAAACAAGGGAAUGAAGUCUCUUUUGGUUCGCGAUCCAGUGACUCUGACGGUGAUGAUUACCGAUAUAUGUUCUAUCACCUCGCUGCUGGAUCACCAAAGACGGGUCUCUAUGCUUUUUAUGAUCUUGGGCCCGAAUUAGGGCGCGGCUCGUUUGCAAUCGUGUAUAGAGCGAUUUCGAAAACCACCGGUCAAUGGUUUGCAGUGAAGAUCAUACAAGAAAGCCGUCGCACUGGGAGAGACGACGCUUCGAACACGAACAAUAUCAAUCUACAGAGGGAGAUUGCAAUUAUGGGGCAACUGAAGCACCCCAACAUAUGCGAACUGAAAGACGUGUUCAUCUGUGAUAACAAUGAAAUAAAUCUCGUUAUUGAACUCGUCGAUGGCGGAGACCUUCUGGAAUACAUCAUCAAUGGUGGGAUAACAACCGAGAUGGAUGCAAUGCAUAUCACCUAUCAAUUAUGCGACGCGUUAGCAUACAUACAUGACCGAGGAGUCGCUCACCGCGAUCUGAAACCUGAAAAUGUGCUUCUCACUAACACCACCCCACCUCAAGUCAAGGUCGCCGACUUUGGACUGGCAAAGGUCUCGGAUAGCAUGACCAUGCUCAAGACGAUGUGUGGUACCCCUGCAUAUUUGGCACCCGAGGUUGUACGUCAGGAGCACGAAGAAGGGUAUGACAAUCUCGUCGAUAGUUGGAGCGUUGGUGUGAUUCUAUUUUCAAUGAUAACUAGUGCAAGCCCUUUCAUCGAAGAUGAAACACAGAAAGAUAUUCGUAUCAGGAUUUCCGGCCGCAGGAUCGAUUGGCAGAUUCUUGCGAACUCGACCAUCCCAGUCGGCCCAGCAUGCCGCGACUUCAUCGAACGUCUCCUAGCAGAUAGCCCUCGUAAACGGAUGACAAUGAAGUCAGCUUUGGAGCACCCCUGGUUUCUACAAUACCGGCAAAACCACGCACAAGCCGGUGCGAGUCCCAAUCAGGCGUCGUCAUCGAGCGUACCUGCAGAUGCGUCGAUGCUAUCUGUUGUAGACUAUGCUCAAGGAAGCACGAAUAACGAUGAGAGGUUCAGCCAAGGGUUCCAACACCUCAAGAUCGAUUCUAAGGGUGCGUCAACUGACCUGGUCAAUGUACCACCGGUAGGUCCAGAAGGCCCCUCCACUCCGCCUUCUCAACGGAUACCUGGUUUAGGACAGUCGAGGGCUGAAGGAUCCAGGAUGAUUCAAAGACGAAGGGAUGUUUUGGAGCAAGCACGAGAGAACGAGGUUGUCGUACCAGAGCCGUCGUUGGAGAUGAUCACCAACUUCUCUGCUCAAGAACAGAAGAAGAAAGCGAAAGCUAGGGCUAUGGAUGGCGAUGUGAACCACGUCGAGAAGGGUCCUGGGAAACGUGUUCACGCCGAAUUGAGUGAAGUUCCAGAAGAAAAUAGUAUGGAGGAUGAAAACCCCGCGAUCAAUGGUAAAGCAUCCGGAUCCAACAAAAAGGGUCGAGAGGCGAUGGAAGAAGAUUUGUCCCCCGCUACCUCUAAUACGAAACGUGGCAAAGUGCCGAAACCCAAGUCAAAUGCUGGCGAGGAGACCCCUGCGCUCAGGCGAUCUAAUAGAAAUGCGCAGAAGGCUCCCAGAACGUCUUCGUAGGUCCUUCCGCACUCCCCUCCACUUCCUGCACGCCCUUCCCUAUACACCUACACCCUUUUGUUCAACAUUCAACGCCCAUCCUGUAUAUCGAUCGUCACCAUCACAACCUGUUCGCUUCUAUCUUAGAAUUAUCUACCAUUUAUUUUCUAAAGAUAUACUAUUUGGGGUACUAUAUACUACAAUUUCUUGCUCUUUUAUUAACCAUCUUGGCCAAUACAGUACUCGAUGAAUGCUUGGAUUUGUCCACCAAUUGUUCCCUGUCCAGGGUUAAUCUUCAUUCUCGCAAGUACCACUUUCCCGUUCGCCUUCAAUAAGCAAAUAACACCCUCCGGACCUUAGCCAUACCACGCCUUUUGCACAAAUUCCCUGAUUUUCAGGCAGGAUAACGGUAGUGGCGGUAAGGUUUUCAAUGCAUCUGCGAACGAUUCUAUCAUGUCACAUCUACAUAUCAUCUCGCCCCGCUUGUACAUUACCGAGAGCCCUCUGAAGGAGGUACAUUUAACAUCGGUAAUCCUUGAUAUUCGGUCCCUGUCUUGGGGGAG